UGUACAGGCCAGCAGAGCGUAGAGCUGUCCCGUAGAGUAGCUUUGUAAGGACCUCAAGAGCCCUUUCUCUUCUACGAGCAGCUCGUUUUCUAACAAACCUACCAACUCGGGAAAACUACUGCCAUCUCAGCCCACAGAUUACCAGCAGCUUCAGAGCGUGGACCCUAAAAACACCCCAAGAGCUCCGAGUUUAGAGUGCUGGUGACGCUGACUGCUACACGCGUUCCACGCGGAACGAAGUCCUAUGCGGGCCAUGAUGGAGAGAGCGGGAUUUCGGCUCGGCGCGCUCUUCCUGCUGGUGGCUUGUCUCGCGGUUCAUGGAGCAAACGGCGCAGCAGUCGUGGGGGAGUUGCAAGUGCAAGCCAUGGGCUGCCAGCCGGCGUUAGGGCCUGGAUGGGCGGCUGGAGAAAGCUGCAGCGAAUCAAACAUUACUUGUGAUGCACAAGGCAGGGUAACCAGCAUUAUCCUCAUUGGUUGCGGCUUAACGGGGUCUAUUCCAUCAACUCUUGGCAGCAUGAUCAACCUCACAUUGCUAAACCUGUCUAACAACAGUCUGACUGGCUCCAUUCCUGGAUCCAUCAGCAACCUCAAGAACCUCUUUAUCAUCGAUCUUUCGUACAACCAGCUGUCUGGCAGCAUCCCUGCCAGCUUCAGUGUGCUUAAUCAAGUUACUUAUCUUGAUCUUUCCGUCAACGAGCUUACAAGCAGCAUACCAGAUAGCUGCAGUGCGCUUAGUCAAGUUACUCAUCUUGACCUUUCGUACAACCAGCUUACAGGCAGCAUCCCUGCUAGCUUCAGCGCACUUGAUCAACUUGCGUACAUCGAUCUUUCGUACAACCAACUGUCUGGCAGCAUCCCUGCCAGCUUCAGUGUGCUUAAUCAAGUUACUUAUCUUGACCUUUCGGACAACGAGCUUACAAGCAGUAUACCAGCUAGCUGCAGUGCGCUUAGUCAAAUUACUUAUCUUGACCUUUCUCACAACCAGCUUUCAGGCAGCAUCCCUGCUAGCUUCAGUGGCCUUAUUCACGUUGCUUACUUUGUUCUUUCGUACAACAAGCUUUCAGGAAGCAUCCCUGCUAGCUUCAGUGCACUUAAUCAAGUCACUUAUCUGAGCUUGAGGUACAAUGCCCUCACUGGGCUGAUUCCCCCUGCAAUUGGCAACUUGAAGAACUUGCAGUAUCUACGGCUUCAGUCAAACGUCCUGUUUGGGGCCAUCCCAGAUUCUAUUGGAUACCUUACCAACUUGAAAGUAAUCGAUCUUUCGUUCAACCAGCUUUCAGGCAGCAUCCCUUCUAGUUUCAGUGCACUUAGUCAAGUUGCUUCCCUCGUUCUUUCGUACAACAGGCUUUCAGGCAGCAUCCCUGCUAGCUUCAGUGCACUUAAUCAAGUUACUUAUCUGAGCUUGAGGUACAAUAACUUCAGUGGGCCCAUUCCCUCCGCUAUUGGCAACUUGAAGAACGUACAGAAACUACGCUUUCAGUCAAACUUACUGGCUGGGACCAUCCCACAGUCUAUUGGCAGCCUCACCAACUUGAAAGAAAUGGAUUUUUCGAACAACCUGCUUUCCGGCACCAUCCCUGCCAGCUUCAGUGCACUUCAGCAAGUUACUUAUCUAAAUCUUACAAGCAACCAUCUUUCAGGCAGCAUCCCUGCUAACUUCAGUGCACUGAAUCAACUUGCUCACUUAGAUGUUGGGCAUAACAACAUAAGUGGCCCAAUACCAGCAGCAUUGUGCAAUCUUUCAAACUUGAUAACACUGAAACUGGCUGAGAACAAAUUAUCUGGAUUUAUUCCAUCAAAUAUCGGCAGCAUGGGCAGCCUAGGGAAUCUUGAUCUUUCGUGGAAUAGUCUUUCAGGGAGCAUCCCUGCGAGCCUCACUAUGCUUAGUAAAGUUUCAUACCUAAGUCUGGCUGAAAACAACUUAUCUGGAUCUAUUCCACCAAAUAUUGAGAGCAUGAUCAGCCUAGAAUACCUGGAUAUUGACACGAACAACAUAAGUGGUCCAAUACCGGCAAAAUUGUGCAAUCUUUCAAACCUGACAAAACUGGAUCUUGGUUGGAACCUUCUUUCUGGUUCAAUUCUUGAUUGCAUUGGAGACUUAACCAAACUACAAACAUUGGCAUUAUAUUCAAACAAAUUUACGGGCUCCAUUCCAGCAGCAAUCAGCCAGCUCACAAAUAUUGACCACAUAUCUGUCUCAAGGAACAACUUAAUUGGCUCGAUACCAGCAACGAUUGGCCUCUUACAAAAACUCACCUAUUUAAACUUCGUUCUUAACCGUCUUUCAGGGACCAUCCCAGAAUCUGUUGGUGACCUCAGUAACCUGGUGCAAUUAUACCUUAUAAACAACUCCUUAACUGGCUCCAUUCCUAACUCCAUCAGCAAGCUCACGUGUCUCGAAGCAUUAGAUCUCGCAGACAACAAUUUAGGCGGCUCAAUACCGGCUAUAAUAGCCAAUCUUCACAACUUGACAGAUUUGGACUUGGGUUUUAACGACUUCACUGAUUCAAUCCCGUCCAACAUAGGCAGCAUGAGCAGGCUAAUUCACAUUUCUCUGGAUCACAACAAGCUGUCUGGAGAGCUGUCUCCAAUACUGGGAAACCUUACCGGCCUUCAAUCGCUGUCGACAACUGGAAAUGCAGUCACCUGCCCACCUGAAUACAGCAGCUGUGUGGUGAAACAGAAUCACGCAAGCCCUUUCUGCCAGAAGUGCUCUGCAUUUUGCACUACUUGUGGCAGGCCAGCACCAGAGAACCCAAGCACUAACAACAGUGAUAGUAGUAGCAGCAGCAGCAGCAGCAGCAGCAGCAGCAGCAGCAGCAGCAGCCAGUCCUCAUCUACAACAUCCAGGAGUGGAGGGGACGUUUCAGUGGGAGGCAUCAUUGGCAUUGCCAUUGCUGCAGCUGCCAGCCUUCUUCUCCUGGCUGCCACACUGCUCUACUGCAGGCACAGAAGGCACAAGAAGCAGCAGAGGCAGUAUGAAUUAGCUCACAGCAUAGCUUCAUCGCUGUGCACCGAGUACUCUCUUGCCGAAGUCCUAAAAGCCACCAACAACUGGUCGAAGGACAACCUACUUGGCUCGGGUUCCUUUGGAGAUGUAUACAAGGGGUUGUCUCCCCACGAUGACACCACUGCAUGGGCUGUCAAGCGAGCAAGGCUGAUAGAUGCUGAGUUCCAGAAAGAGGUGCAUCAAAUGGCGGACAAGAACCAUCCCAACAUUGUAAAGCUGCUCGGUUUUGCUGUUGGAGGAGACAUAAGGACGCGGGCAGAGCAAGUCUUGAUCUACGAGUUUGAGUCGAACAAUGACCUCGAGAAGUGGUUGGAUAUCAACGCCCCGUUUCCUUUGAGCUUGAGGCAGCGGCUGGACAUUCUCAUUGGUGCUGCACGUGGCUUGGAGUACCUCCACAGCUUUGGCAUUGUGCAUCGCGACAUCAAACCCGCCAACAUCCUCAUUUCAGAGAACAUGCAGGCUAAGAUUGCAGAUUUUGGGCUUAUGCGGGUGGAAGAGGGAACGACAGUUGCCUCCACUCGAGUGAUGGGUACACCGGGCUAUGUGGACCCCAUUUAUGUCAGAACAUCAAAAGCAACCACAGCCUCAGAUACAUACAGCUUCGGUGUGCUCAUGCUUGUCGUCCUCACCGGUCGUAAGCCAGGGCAUAAGAUCAAGAGAGGGACUGGCCAAAUCAUACUAUGGGUGGAGCAGAGCCUCUCUUCAGGCAGCAUAGCAGCCCUCCAGGACCCCAGGAUGGACCCUGCCCCUGAGGCUGCUGUCCUGCACAUUGCCCAGCUGGCAGUCAACUGCACCGUGAAGCGCACUGCCAGCCGCCCAAGCAUGGCUCACGUUGCCAACGAGCUGCAGGAGAUUAAGGAUGAGGUGGUGGGGAAAGAGGAACGGGGCGUAGCAGUGAAGGUGGAUGCACAGGUUGAGGAGAUUAAAGGUGUGGCCGGACCUGCUAGGAGUCUGGGUACGGAGUUGCGGUACCUCGCUGGCAUUGUGGAGGAAGAUCUUGCAAGGCCUUUUUGAUUAGUACAAAGGCAAUCAGCACUAGAGGAAGGGUGCAGAGAUGGAGGGUGAGAGGAUGUGUACGUUGGAAGGAAAUCGGGAUGGAGCACUAUUAAGUUUGGUUAUGGUUGGCGUGGCAUUUGGCACACCUCUUCGUGGAUUCUUGGCACAUUACCUCUAGCUGCAAGUAAUAUGUCAACUUCAUAUUUCCACGUUAGCUCAGCGGCAUAGCCAAUCUCGCGCAGACAGGUUUUGGUUCGCUUUGGCAUUUGCAUAUAUUUUGCAUAGGCUAUCUUUAAUCUCAUUGCAACUCACUAGCAUAAUAUUCUACGUUGGAGCUUACUGAUUGUGCUAUAUAGGCAACUACCGUAAUGUCGAGAG